AUGCCGACCGUCGAGGAACUAAUUCCCCUGCUGCUGCAUCACACCACCUACAUCCAGCAACUGGAGAGUGAGUGCCACUAUAGUAAGCUUGCAUUCUCCAAGCUAGUCACAAAAGCAAACACGCUCGUUGAGAACAACAGGCUACUGUACGAGCAAGCCAAAUCGUACGUGGUAACAGCUGAAGACCAGCCCGCGAUGGCUGGUUGCGAUGCACAAGCUUCACGUCCCGCAAGUCCGACGUCCGUCCUGGUGAGAAUGAGACAGGAGCUGGAGAGCAUUCGCAUGCUUCACACCGCGAAGGCCAGCCGACUGCAAGCUCAGCUCAACUGCAAAGAAGCCGAACUAAAGGAAGUGCAGAGCGAAUGCGACGACCUGAGGUCGAGAGCGAAUUCCGGCGAGGCGCGCGCGUCGGAGAGCGAACCCCUGCGGCCUCUCUGCGCAGACUGCAUGCAGCCGUGCGCCGCCGAGACGCUGAGUCAGGUGACUCGCGAGCGCGACGAGACGAUGACGUCGGUCGCGCGGCUCCGCGCGUCGCUCGACGAGCUGCAGCGUCGCGAGCGGGAUGCGCGCCACCAGGUGGCGCACAGCGUCGACCUCGUCGAGCGCGCGCAGCUGGAGAAGGUGCAGCUGCUCGUCGAGAAGCAGCAGCUGAGAGCCGAGCUGGAGAAGCGCGCCGAGGAGGCGGCCGAUGCGGUGCGCGCGGCGAGAGCGUGCGUGGAGGAGGAGCGAGCGGCGGCGCGCAGUCACGCGUGGGAGGAGGCGGAGGAACUCGCGAGCAAGGCCGGCGCGCUGCAGUCGCGUCUCGCCGCGGCCGAGCAUCAGCUGGAUAGGGUGAGCAGAGAGAAAGCAGCGCUGGCGAACGAAGCGGAACUCGCGCGCGACGAGAUAAACGCGUACAAAGCGGAGAUGUCACGUGCCGCAGAGCAGGUGAGCGGCAAACUCGCGCGGGCCGACCGCGAGCAGAGAGUCGCGCAGCAGGACCUGGUGAGAGUGAAGCAGUCGAGCGAGACGGCGAUCAAACAGGCGCAGCUGGAGGGGAAACGUCUGCAGGACGAGGUCGGAAAGAUGCGGUGCCAAAUCGAUAGCAUGGAAAGAGAAAUGUCCGGUUUGAGAGAGGAGUGCAUCGACGUCACCGGCACAGCGCAGCGGCUGCGACUCGAACUGAACUCUUGUAGGGCAGAGAAGCUGAAGUCUGAUGCUGGCACUGCCGAGCAGAUGAAGGCACUGAGCUGGCACUGUGAGCAGCAGGAAGCUGAGCUAGCAAAUAUAGUGCGACACUUGCAUUCCGAUCACUUCGUCGACAAACGACGACUCGAGGAUACGCUCGCCGCGCAGGGUGCACGCUUCAGGAAGCUGACAGAAGUAUGCCAUAGUCUACUGCGCAAGCUGGAGACGAGUGCAUACAAGCACAGGAGCGAAGUGAAGCUGCUGCGUGCGAACAAUCGUGCGCUGGCUGAACACCUCGAAGUGGCCACCAGGGUGCAGCGCGACACCGAGUCGCAGAAUCUGCGGCAUUGUAAACUUCAUCUCCAGAAUCUGCAGAAGCUAAAGGAGACGGACGCGCAGGUGCAGCAGUCAGCGCAGCAAGUCUGUGAGCUUCUCACCUCACAGAACAAACUGCUGCAAGAGCGAAGAACGCUCAGUUGUGAACUGGACUUUCUGCGCGGUCAACUGCAGAUUUUUCCUUGCAGGUCGGCGCAGCCUGUUGGCUCAUUUGCGGAAGAAGCUCAGGACAUAUCCACCUAG